CUGAUUUUUACAAGGCUCUAUAUAAAAUAAUCAAACCAUGAAAAGGAGAGAAAGGAUGAAGUCUCGGGGUGAGCUGAUUGUGAAUUUGGCAAUUGCUCAAAAAAGGAAUGACUUGAUGAAGGAUCGUAAUCUCUGUAAAAAUGAUGCAACACCAGAUGAAGAUGAUUUGAAUGUGCUUUACUCACUCAUGGACUCUAAUGAUGGUAGGCCUACAUUACAUUUUAGUGUCACCAGUGAUGGAGUGUUACAAUCUUGUGAUUCAGAGGAUCAAUGUGUCAAUGAACCUUGCAAUGAAUUUUUUAUUUUAGAGAAGACAGUUUUAACAGAAAAUUUGUCACUUGACAAUGAUAAUUGUGAUUCAAAACUAGGAGAUUCUAAUGUAAAUGAUCAAACAUGCUAUGAUACAAAUUUAAGGGAAAGUGGUGGGGUGUUACAAGCUUGUGAUCCAGAAGAUCAAUGUGUCAAUGAACAUUGCAAUGAAUUUAUUAUUUUAGAGAAGACAGUUUUAACAGGAAAUUUGCCACAUAACAAUGACAAUUCUGAUUCAAAACCAGGAGAAUCUGAUGUUAAUGAUCAAUCAUGCUAUGAUACAAGUUUAAGGGAAAGUGAUCACGAAUAUUAUGAAGAAAACUUGGUUGAUCCUGUUGAUGAAAGAGAUGAAGAGAAUUUCAUCGAGAGUGAUCAAAAUGUGGAUCAAAGAACAGAAAGUCCUCAUAAUGUAGAAGAUACUCCAAUUGAUGAAAAUUCAAACAAGCAAAAUCGGAAAAGGAAAAUACAUAUGAUGUUGCAGUCUGGAGCCACGCCGACUGUUCUCCAGCAGCUGUGCAGUCUGCCGUUCGAAUACUUCAGCAAACCGGAACUCAGCCAAGUGCUGUUUCCCACUCUGCUCGCCUGCUGCAAGGACAACGCUGACAACAAAGCCAUUCUCGAACAAGAACUCACCUAUCAGGUAGACCAUAUCAGUUUGAAAAUACCCUGCAGCUCCUGUAGCUCUAGUAUAAACCAACCUACUAGUGCAAGUGCAACGCAACCAAUCGCCGGCCUAAGCAAUGACUCUAGAGAAUUAUAUGGUCAACCAACUAGCAGUACACAUCCUCAUCUCAUGGUUGAGAAUGAGCUCGUUCCAGGAAUCACGAAGGACGAGUUUUUGGAAAGACGACACAAGUUCAUGAAAAAUUUGAUUGAAUCAUCGGCACCUGGGCUCAUCACAUUGUCGUUAUACCUCAGCCAGCAAAGUUACAUGACUGAAAAAAUACCCUACGUUUUCCGUCAAAAUAGCGACUUUCUGUACUUAACUGGAUGUCAAGAACCUGACAGUGCAAUGGUCAUGGUUGGACGAGAUGCCGACAAAUUCAUAUCAACAAUGUUCGUGAGAAAACGAGAUGCGCAUUCCGAACUGUGGGAUGGACCAAGAACAGGUGUUGAGAGGGCCCCUGAAUUCUUUGGGAUCGAACAAGCUUUGCCUUUUACUGAACUGAAAGCAUUUCUCAAAAUGCUUAUGAAAGAGCAGAGAAAUGCCAAACUGUGGUUCGACUACUCCAAUAAAAUUCAUCCGGAAGUCUCUAGUAUUAUGAGCAGGUUCUCUGAUGAAAAAGAACAUCAGGGGGAGCGGGAGUCACCACGUGCGCACAUCCACCAGAUGCGGCUGGUGAAGUCGCCGGCCGAACAGGGGCUGAUGCAACGAGCCUGUCAGAUCGCGAGCGAAGCGAUCGUUGCCGCAUGGCGGACGGGGCGCGUGGCCUUGACCGAACAUCAGCUGUUCGCCACACUCGACUAUGAGUGCCGCAUGCGUGGCGCCGAGUGGCUCGCCUAUCCGCCAGUCGUCGCCACCGGCAACAAUGCCACCAUAAUACACUACAUCAACAACACCCAGCACAUGAGGCAUGGCCAGCUGGUGCUUGUCGAUUCAGGUUGUGAAUACCACGGCUAUGCUAGUGACAUAACCAGGACGUGGCCGGUGAAUGGGAAGUUCAGUUCAGCGCAAACAGUGCUGUACGAGUUGGUGCUUGAGUUGCAGCUGGAAGUGAUCGAUUUGUGCCGCGAUAUGCCGUCUCUCGACAAUCUCUUCCAAUACAUGUGUCGAUCACUGGGCAAAAAGUUGAAAGAAGCUGGUGUCUUGUCAUCUACGAUACCAUCUGAAAAUCUUGCAAAGAUGGCUUUCGAGUUUUGCCCACAUCAUGUCAGCCAUUACCUUGGCAUGGAUAUACAUGACACCGCAACAAUAAAAAGGAGCAUCAACUUAAAACCUGGAAUGGUGGUCACUGUGGAACCAGGCGUUUACAUAAAUCAGAACAAUACAGAUGCUAGACCUGAAUUCCGUGGAUGUGGGAUCAGGAUUGAAGAUGACAUUCUUGUGACUGAGGGAGGCCCCAUUGUACUGUCUGAAUCUUGUCCUAAAGAGAUCGCGGAAAUUGAAAAAAUUAUGUCUUCCAAAAGUGCAAUAGAAAGUAUUUAAGAUUAUUUUGUUAUAUCUCAAAUUAUACACAUGUUUUUAUACAUAAUAAAUAAACCUCUUCACAUUUUCA